AUGACCUAUGCUCCUCCCACUGACAAGGAUGCAGAUGUUGAGCUAAACUCAGAACAACCACCAGUAACCAUUCAUCAAAGUGCUUUCCAAGUCGAUCUGGAAGAAGAAAUUUCCGAAGAAGUAUUGCUGGACGAAGAAGUAGGGGUCAUUCCGGAAUACACCUUCAUGGCUUCUGCUCACUUUUCAUCCAAGCCAUCCAGAUCUAAGUCUUCCUAUGACUUCGGAUCCUCAUCUUCUACCACUCCGGACGGAGACUCAAACUCUAAACAUCAAGAAGAUGAUGCUACCACUAAACCUGGUUCUUCAACUCAUCCCCACUCUCCCAAAUCUCCUUCGCAACACUCCGACUCUGAUUCAGAAUCAUCUGCUGGUGAUUAUGUUGACCCUUUCGCUCUCCUGGAGAUCCGGACUAAUAUCUCUGACACGAUGCAAAAAGUGGCAUCUGUGGAAACAUCGGUAAUGGAGCUAAAUUCCAUGAUGGAUCAAAAAGUCUUCGGACUUGAUUCCAAACUUGAUGCUAUUCUGCAGACACUCUCUCAGCAGCUCGGACCAUCAUUUGCUGAAAGAGAAGCCCACCUUGAUUAG